UAAACCAUGGCUGCCAUCGACAGAGCAGUGCUGCUGCUGACUUUACUGUGGACUCCAGCCAGAGGAGUAGGCACAAACAUCACAUCACCAAACACGGUAGAUUCGACCUGACCAUGGCUGUGAUCGAACACACAGCGCUGCUCCUGACUUUACUGUGGACUACUGCCAGAGGAGAUACUGUCAUCUCUUGUGAUUUAAAAAAAUCUUGCAUGUUACCGUGCCGUUUCCAGGCAGGUGACGAAAAAGUGAUCCACUGGAUCCAGGAGAAGCCAGUAAAGGCCCAGACCCAUUCCUAUUAUUACAAAAAGAACCAGCUGGCACUUCAGAGCCAGCGCUUUAAGAGCCGGACAUCACUGUUUCUGGACCAGCUGUCCACAGGAAAUGCCUCACUCCAGCUGAGGGGGGUGGAGGCUCAGGAUGAAGGCAGUUACAGGUGCUACACCAGCACCAGCAACGGACAUGACCAAUCCAUUGUAUCUCUGCAUGUGGACGCUCAAGUCCGUGAAGUCAGUGUCAACUGGACAGGAAACAGGAUGACUUGCAGCUCUGACUGGAUCUAUCCUGAACCUGUCCUCACCUGGUCCACUGAUCCUUCAUCAACCAUCGCCCGUCAGUAUAACACCACCGUGAAGAUAACUGAGGAGCAUCUUUACAACAUCACUAGUUCUCUGAUGCUGCCAGACAGCGAUGAAGGUCUGAACUACAGCUGUAACAUCAGCACUCGAAGUAGUUGGAGGAAAAUCACUCUGAGACAGCAGUCUCUUCUUAACAUGGACCAUGCUAAAAUUCCCUGCCAUGCCUCCAGUGUAUCUUUUCGGGACUUCAGCCUCAUCUGGAGUUUCAAUCACAGUCAGAUCAUUGUGAACCGGAGUCGGACCAACGUCACCAAAGUCUCAGAUCAAUGGAAACAACGUGUGAAGGAAGUAUCAGAGUCAGGCGACCUCUUUCUACAAGGCCUCAAACCAGAUCAGGGGGGAAUAUUUACAUGUGAGCUCAGACAGGCUGGGAAGGCACAUUUAACGGAAACUGUUCUCAGGAUAACAAAAGAUCGUCCAACUCCCAAUAUUGGAGGAAUUAUUACUGGUGUUUUGCUUGUGUGUUUGCCCUUGAUUUUCAUCUGGGGAUACUAUAAAAACCAAAUAUGUGCAACGGGGCAAGUAAAGAAUGCCUGCCACAGGUCAAAAAAGGUGUGUAUGGACUGCCUGACAUGACGGACAGUCAACAUGGAGUCAGCCAUCGGACAGAUCUGCUGAAAAAUGGGACCUUUUUGAAGUUUGACAUGAAAAAUGUCACAGUUCUCCUGGGCGGUGGAGAAACUACCGACCCAGCUUGGAGUGACAUCAUACACUUACAACAACUGUUCCUCUGAGGGUGCUGUUGUCCAAAACAAACACUAAGCAGACAGGAAGUAAAGCCUUGUGAAGAAGAAACGCGCCUCAUUGACUGGUCUGCUCUGAAUAGGUUCUUGUGUGCAGCCACAAGCAACCACGAUAUGAAGCCGUCUGACCAGAUCAGCACCUGCACUUUCUCACCACUUGUUUGAUCCGGAUCAGAGUUCCGGAGAGCGCUCACACUAGCCCAAAUGAAGCAGACUUUUCCAGAAAGUCCCUGAAGUGAACUUGUGUGAAUCAAACAGGGCUUGUGUGAAGACAUGCACCCUUUGUCGUUAAUCUAAAUUAAUUUCUGUUAAUUCCAUUCUCUAUUCUUUUACCAGCCACUCUUUAUCUCUUUAUACCUGCACAGAUUAACAUUUAUUAUUAUUUAUCUCAUGUCUAUCUGGUGUUGUUGAUAUUUUAACUGUAUUUAUAAUGUGUUCUUUGUGUGUGGACAAAUGGUAGAGAAUCCAGGGAUAAAUGAAGUCUUUUGAUUAUAUCCAGUUCUAUUUAUAUCACAGGUUUAUUUUUAUCGCUGACGUGAAGUAAAACAAUGAAGCGGCUCCUCCUGGUGCUGGAAAACAUCUCUCAUCAUUAUCAUCUCAUAUUUGAAUUAUGAAAUGAAUAACCCAAUAAAAAAUCCAGAAUUCCAUAAA